AUGAACAGCGGCGCGCUGCCCCGGCCAGCGCCCCCCGCGCCUGGCGUCUCUGGCGGUGGUGCCACCCGGCGGCGACCCGCGUCCCCAGAGCUGUUGCGCUGUAGUCGGCGGCGGCGGCCGUGCGCAGAAGAGACCGGGGGUGGUGCCGCGGCAGUGGCCCGGCGCAACGAGCGUGAGCGCAACCGCGUGAAGUUGGUCAACUUGGGGUUCCAGGCGCUGCGGCAGCACGUGCCGCACGGCGGCGCCAGCAAGAAGCUGAGCAAGGUGGAGACGCUGCGCUCCGCGGUGGAGUACAUCGGCGCGCUGCAGAGCCUGCUGGCGGAGCACGAUACCGUGCGCGCCGCGCUGGCUGGGGGGCUCCUGGCGCCAGCCGGGCGGCCCCCUGCUCCCCACGGGCCUCCGGGGACCCCUGCGGACGCCACCUCGCCCUCCUGCGCCUCUUCAUCCCCAGGCCGCGGGGGCAGCUCGGAGCCCGGCUCCCCGCGCUCCGCCUACUCGUCCGACGACAGCGGCUGCGAGAGCACACUGAGCCCCGCGGAGCGCGAGCUGCUCGACUUCUCCAGUUGGUUAGGGGGCUACUGAGCACCCCACUCCGCCCUGCGAGGUAACUGCCCGUUGACAGGGAAGAGAGGGGUCGGUUCGGCGUGGCUGAGUACACCGGCCGGGCGGCUUGCGCCCUUGACAGCCAGGGAAGCCGAGCGCCAGGCCCGGUGCUAGCUUCGAUUUCACCCACUCUUCAUUUCCCCCAGCUCUUUCAAGCCUGUGCAAGACCAGCGUUUGUUUGUCCGGGAUUGCAAAACUUCCUCU